AUGGGGUCCGGCGGCCGACGCGGCGCGACCGGGGCGAGGGCGCUGCCGCUGCUGCUCCUGCUGCUGCCCGCGCCGGGCGGCACCGCCGCGCUGCCCCUGCCCGAUGUGGACGAGUGUGCCCUGGGGCUGGAUGACUGCCACCCAGAUGCUAUUUGUCAAAACACCCCGAAGCUGUACAAGUGCAUGUGCAAAGUGGGUUACACUGGAGAAGGGAAGAAGUGUGAAGACAUUGAUGAAUGUGACAACGACUUCAAUGGGGGCUGUGUCCACGAGUGUUUCAACAUUCCAGGGAAUUACCGCUGCACUUGCUACGAUGGCUUUAUGCUGGCUCACGAUGGCCACAACUGCCUGGACACAGAUGAGUGCAUGUUCAACAACGGUGGCUGCCAGCACGUUUGUGUCAACACCGUGGGGAGCUACGAGUGCCUCUGCAAGGAGGGAUUCUUCCUCAGUGACAACCAGCACACCUGCAUCCACCGCUCCGAAGAAGGCAUGAGCUGCAUGAACAAAGAUCAUGGCUGUGCCCACAUCUGCAGAGAAACACCCAAAGGAGGAGUAGCCUGUGAAUGCCGACCAGGAUUUGAGCUGUCCAAGAACCAGAGGAGCUGCAUUUUGACCUGUAACCACGGCAAUGGGGGCUGCCAGCACACGUGUGAUGAUGCUGACAAUGGGCCCGUUUGUGGAUGCCACCCCAAGUACGUCAUGCACGUGGAUGGGAAAACCUGCCUGGAGAGGGAAGAAGCUGCUGUUGAAGUUUCUGAGGGGAACACCACAGCAGCAGCUGAUGUGGACAAGAGAGUGAAGCGACGUUUGCUUAUGGAAACGUGCGCCGUGAACAACGGCGGCUGCGACCGCACCUGUAAGGACACGUCCACAGGAGUCCACUGCAGCUGCCCCGUGGGAUUCACACUCCAGUUUGAUGGCAAGACAUGCAAAGAUAUUGAUGAAUGCCAGUCCAAUAAUGGAGGCUGUGAUCAUUUCUGUAAAAACACUGUUGGCAGUUUUGAUUGCAGCUGCAGAAAAGGAUUUAAAUUAUUAACAGAUGAGAAGUCCUGUCAAGACAUCGACGAGUGCUCCUUCGAGCGGGCGUGCGACCACACCUGCAUCAACCACCCCGGCUCCUUCGAGUGCUCUUGCAACAAGGGGUACGCCCUGUAUGGCUUCACACACUGUGGAGAUAUUAAUGAAUGUAGCAUCAACAAUGGUGGCUGCCAGCAGCUGUGUGUGAACACACUGGGAGACUACGAAUGCCUGUGUCACUCUAACUACAAGCUACACUGGAAUAAAAAGGACUGUGUUGAGACAAAAGAUCCCUUGUCUGAUAAUGUGUCACCCAAGGUACUGCUGCACUGCAUUAAGAGUGGUGGGAGUGAUAGAUGCUUUUUGAGCUGCUCUCCAGAUGUCCAGGUAUUCUCUGGAACACAAGAUGCCUACACCCUCACCUGUGGCAGGUCCUCUCAGCUUAAGAAAAAGCAGCAAAAUGCAAACGCUUCCAGCUGGCUGGAUGCUUCAGCCAUCAAGAUAAGCGUAACCUUUAAAUUAAAUGAAGGAAAAUGUAGUUUGAAAAAGACUGAGAUGUUUCAAGAAGGUCUGGAGCAGAUGACACCAGAGAGACAAAACUCAGUCAUGGAGAGCUUCCACUAUGUAAACCUAACAUGCAGCUCUGGCAAGAAAGUCCAUGGAGCCCUCAGUAGACUGACAGCGACUAGAGAGAUUUUUAUCACUGCGGACUUUGAGCUUGAAACGAGCCGCAAGGAGGUGACAGACUCGUGCGACGUGCGCUGUGCGCGCAAGAAAACGGAGAAGCGGUUCCGUAAAACCAUCCGGACCCUGCGCAGAACCGUCAGCAGGGACCAGUUCCGUGUCCGCCUCUCCGGCACGGACCACGAGGUGGCCAGGAAGGCUCCCAGGCCAUCGGAGCCACAGCAGUCCUGUGCUGUGGGACAGCUGCAUCCCAGAUGUGAUCAGUGCUCCCCUGGUGAAUAUUCCCCUGAUGGCUUCAAGCCCUGUGUGCCAUGUCCCCUUGGAACAUACCAGCCUGAGGCUGGCAGAGUGUCCUGCUUUCCCUGUGGAGGGGGUCUAACCACAAGGCACAGUGGGGCAUCCUUGUUUCAGGACUGUGAGACCAAAGUUCAGUGUUCUCCUGGCCAUUUUUACAACACCACAACCCACCGAUGUAUUCGCUGUGCAAUUGGGACAUACCAGCCUGAGUUUGGACAAAAUUACUGCAUUUCCUGCCCUGGAAACACCACUACUGAUUUUGAUGGCUCGACAAACAUUACACAGUGCAAAAACAGGCAGUGUGGAGGGGAACUGGGAGACUACACUGGAUAUAUUGAAUCACCCAACUACCCUGGGGACUACCCUGCAAACACUGAGUGCACCUGGAAUAUCAACCCACCUCCAAAGCGCCGCAUCCUGAUCGUGGUUCCAGAAAUAUUCCUGCCCAUAGAGGACGAGUGUGGAGACUACCUGGUGAUGAGGAAAAGCUCUUCCUCCAACUCGGUGACCACGUACGAGACCUGCCAGACCUACGAGCGCCCCAUAGCCUUCACCUCCAGGUCCAAGAAACUCUGGAUCCAGUUCAAGUCCAACGAAGGCAACAGUGCCAAGGGAUUCCAAGUUCCUUAUGUAACCUAUGAUGAGGAUUACCAGGAGCUAAUAGAGGACAUUGUUCGGGAUGGCAGACUUUAUGCAUCUGAAAAUCAUCAAGAAAUACUUAAGGACAAGAAGCUGAUAAAAGCAUUGUUUGACGUGCUGGCACAUCCACAGAACUACUUCAAAUACACAGCCCAAGAGUCAAGAGAGAUGUUCCCGAGAUCCUUCAUCCGGCUGCUGCGCUCCAAAGUUUCCAGAUUUUUGAGGCCUUACAAAUAAUUGGCACUGUACUGACAAGCUAAAGCAGCCCUGGACAUGCACAGAGGGGCUGUGGGAGAUAAUACCUUUUGGGUACCAAAGGAUACUUCACAGUGCCAGAAUUGGAGACUGCCCAUGAUUUCUGUAACUGAAUGGUGCCAAGCAGAAGUUUGUAGAGCUCUGCCCCGUUGCUUCAUCAGCACCUCUAAAAGUUAAUGAGGACAGACAGGCUAAGUAGUGUGGUUUGGGAUGAACCCUGGGCUGCCUUUAAUGCAUGUUACCUCAACAAAGCUGGGUUCAUGUUUGGUCUCACUGAAAGUGAGAACAGGAUUGAUGUCUCUCUUAACAUUUGCUACACAGGAAACUCAGAGCUAAGGUUGACAUUAAGGUUUAAAUUCAAACCAGUGAGGCCAAGAGCUGCACAAAGUGCAGUUUUUCCCUGAACUACAUGUGGCAUGGAGCAAAGGGUUGAAUACCAGCUUCAAUGUUCAGGUGUCCAUGCUAGUGACCUAUUGGCUUACAUGGAAUGAUACCAGAAUAAACUGUGGGCACCACAGCAAUGGAAAACAGGCCCUGACCCACUGGACAUUUCCAUUUUGGGCUGUCUGCAACUGUUAGAACAGAUUAUUUCCUAAAUCCCAGCGUUGUCCCUGUGCAUAGGCCUGGGACAGCCAAAGGCAUCUUCCAAGUUGUGUAAAAUUCUGUCCUCUGAGCAGCUGCAGGUAAACACAGAAGCCCCAUUUUAAAUGCAGGCUUUGCAUAGAUGAUGCUCUUGGUACAACACUGUUUAAAGAUGAAUAAGGUUCUUGUAUGAGCCUCAGUUGUUACAUUCUCUACCUUUUCUGAGCACCUUGCAAUGGCCUUGUUGAGCAGAGAAGAGCUGCUUUCCUUGUCUGGCUGGAGAGAAGGAGAGGUACAACAAUUGAGCCAGACUGUGGCCAAAAAAGUUGUCUAUGGCAAAUUGUUCCUCAGGAUUCCCAGGCUCUGUGUCCUUCUCCUCAGGCUGUGUUUCCUAUUGGAGACCAGGCUAUUCUGAGAGGGCCUGUAAGGAAAUCUGAGUUGAUCAAAAUGUUGUCUCAGUGAUAUUCUGUCCACACUUACAUCUCCUCUGGCCACACAACCCAUUCUCUCAGAGUAAUGUACCUUGAGGACCUUGUGCUUUGAAGGGAGAUAGCCACAGUCCCAUCCAUUUGGAAAUGGACUCAUGACUUCUGUCUUUUGGUCACUGGCCAUGCCAAGGGGUGCAGUGGGCACCAAACUCCCUCUCUGUGCCAUCUUAGGAACGGUGCUCACAUUUCACAGGGUAGCCAGGACAAAUUUCCCAGGGUGUGGAGUCAGACCUGCUGGGUCUCAUGGCAUUGCCAUGUGGUAUUUAACUGCUGUAUGUGAAUAACACCGUGUCCACAGGGGGACAGAGGAAACCCUCACCAAGAGCCGGGCUCUGAAUCUCCUCCCUGCACUGUUGGGAGCCAAGGGCUGCUCCUGCCUCAGCCUUGCUGAGCUGCUGUGCCACGGUGUGUGUGGGG